CGGGAUGAGGGUGUGGGGAGGUCACACAUGCGCAGUGUUGCUGCAGUGGCGCGGGGGUCUGUGCGGAGACGCGGCUGGGCUUGGCAUUCGCCCUAAAGAUAGGGAGGCUGAGGAAAGGGGCUGGGCUUUUGGCAGGAGCCCGGGCCGAGCAGGGUUGGGCUGCUGCUGCAGGGAGGGCGCGGGUCCUCCUUCCCACACUCCUGCAGGCCAUCUGUGACAGCCCCUUCCCCCAAGUCUCUCCUUUCCUGGGGUCUUGGUGCCCAGUGCAGAGAGAGGAGUCUGAAUGAUGCCCAGGGGCCGGGCCUGGACCCAACAGGAGAUCAGCUGCCUCCUGACCCUGAUCCAGGACUCUGGGGAGGUCACAUUGCUCAUGGCUUCCACUUCAAGGCCUAAUGAGGCCUUGUGGCAAUCCAUCUCCCAAGGGCUGGGGGCGUCAGGCUACGGUCGAAGUGUGGCUCAGUGCCGAUCCAAGUGGAAAGCACUGAAACAAGCCUUCUACUCAGAGUGGGAGACCAGCCGCCAGGCAGGAGGUCCCUCCCCGCAGCCCCCACCCCACUAUCGCACUAUGAAGAGGCUGUGGAAGGCUGCAGGAAGGCCAGUUUUUGGAGAACGACGACUUCCAGGCUCUGAAACAAAUCUUGAAACAGGACCACCACCUUGUGCCAAGAAAGAAUCCCCCCCUCCUGAGGAAAAGCAGGCCAGCCCUGCCCCCUCCCAGAUUCAAGAAGAGCCUCCGGCCUUGGUCCCGGAGGUUCCAGUCAGGCCAGAUCUGGUCCCUCAAGUUGCUAGAGAAGAGCCCACCCAUGUGUCAGGGCUGCAAGGCCCUGGGGUGGUGAGCCUCCUCCAGAACAUGCAGGAGCUUCUGGUACAGAUCUUGCGAACAUCAAGGCAGCAGCAGGCGUUGCUAGAGAGCUUGGCCCAAGACACCGUCUCCCACCUCCACCUGCUGUCUGACGGCCUGGGCCAGAUGGGCCAGACCUUGCAGGCCCUGCUGAUGCACAGCCCCAGCUGGCAGAGUCCCCGGUCCCUGCUCACGGCCACAAGCACUCCCACUCGACCGCACCCCCCUGCCCUGGGCCUGCACUCUCCCCAUUCCCCCUCUAUCCCUGUUGCCCCUGCCAGCCCCUGCCUCAAGGAGGAGAACAUCCUGCCCCCACCCAGGUUUGCCCCAUUAUGAAUCUGGACCACGACCCCAAAGCUGUGGCUCAAGCCAAUAAGACAACUCUCUCUCACCUCCUUUCUCCUGCUGGUCCCCACCCCAAGUAGUCUGUUCCCAAGACUGAAGACUUUUAUGUAAAUGUCCUCCUAUUUUAGAAAAUAUUUAAUUUAAAAGAGAAACAUGCAUCCUUUUUUUUACAGUGAGAGAUUAUUUGAUUAAAAAAUGAAAACAGCAGGAGAGGAGACUGUGCCCCUGACUCCACCCUGUUCUUUCAG